GAGAGAGAGAGAGAGAGAGGAGGAGGGGGACGACACUGUUUAUUGCGAAGUGAGCUCCGAUGGCGAACUCAAAGGCAGGAACAAGCACCAACAAUACAUUAGGAGGUGAAUAUCAGGUGUUCUUGAAUUUUAGAGGGCCAGAUACUCGUCGUGGAUUUACCAGUUGCCUCUACCAUGCCUUGGUAGAUGCUGGGAUUUGUGUUUUCGUCGAUGACGAAGAGCUUCGACCAGGUGAAAAAAUUAGCAGCAACCUUCUACAGGCGAUUGACAACUCCAAGCUCUACAUACCCAUUUUCUCGACAAAUUAUGCUUCGAGUCAUUGGUGCCUCCGUGAGCUUGCAAAGAUGGUGGAGAACACCUCUAAAUCUAAAGAAGAUGGCAAUAAGAAGGUGAUAUUGCCCAUCUUCUAUGACGUGAAACCUGAUGAUGUGCAACUAAAAACCUUGUUAUAUUGCGAUGCCAUACUGAAUUUGGAGCAAAAGAUGGCGAAUCAAAAGAUGAAGUUGAGCUCUAAGGAUGUAGAAACCUGGCGGCAAGCUCUCAGAGAAGUUGAUGGCACCAAGGGGUGGGAGCUGGAGAAAUAUCCAGGCCAUGGGGAUCUUAUCAAGUUGAUUGUUAACGAAGUUAUGGAUAGGCUCAUGACAAGACAAAGAAAAGUGACCGGAGAUUUAAUUGGAAUGGAGGAUCCAAUAGCAGCCAUAAACAGUUUAUUGCACAUCGAUUCUAAUGGCGUGCGGCUUAUUGGUAUUUACGGGAUGGGUGGCAUUGGUAAAACGACACUUGCCAAAAUUAUCUUCAACCAGUUAUGUCAUGUCUUUGGGAAAAACUGCAGCUUUCUUGACGAUGUAAGAGAAAUGGCAAAAACCAAGGGCUUGGUGAAGCUACAAGAACAAUUAUUGUCUGAUACCUCAAAUUCUAGAGUGGCUCGCACCAUUUGUAACACUCAUCAUGGGAUUAAUAAGAUUGGAGAAACAAUUUACAGCAAGAAGGUAUUGAUUGUUUUGGAUGAUGUCGAUGAUGGCAACCAAAUCAAAGAACUAAUCGGAAUGAAUUCUUUGUAUCCUGGUUCUAGGAUACUUGUUACCACGAGGGACAAAAGUGUUUUGAAAAUAAGGGGAUUUCACUAUGAAAUUGUGCCUUAUGAAAUGAAGGGUUUAAGCAAUGAAGACGCACUUCAACUUUUUAGUAGACAUGCCUUCAAUGACAACUCUCCUCUGGCCACUUACUACAAUCUUUCAAAGGACAUUGUGUCUACUGCAGGUGGACUACCUUUAGCUCUUCAAGCAAUUGGUUCAUCACUUUUUGGUCCAAAAAAGAAAAAAAUAUGGGAAGAGAUGCUAGAGCAUUUAAGGAAAACACCAAAUAGGGAUGUCUUGGGAAAGCUAAAGAUUAGCUAUGAUGCCUUAGAAAUGGAUCAACAACAGAUAUUUCUCGAUAUUUCAUGCUUUUUCAUUGAUGCAGAUAAGACUUAUCCACUCUACAUGUGGAAAGAUUGUGGCUUUAGCCCAGAGAAUGCUAUUGAUGUCCUGAUUAAUAGGUGCAUGAUAAAGGUUAUAGACAAUAAUAGGUUUUGGAUGCAUGAUCAAUUUAAAGAUCUUGGAAGGGCAAUUGCUAAUCAAGACCAUACCAGGUUGUGGGCUACAGACGACAUCAUUCGCAAGUUAAGAUCAACAGAGAUCAAGGAAAACAUUCAAGCAAUCCAUUUGCCAUCUUUGGGGAUUAAAGAUCCUAUAAUUGUCACUUCGGAGCAAAUUAAGCGGUUCCCAUAUCUACGGUAUUUUCGGUUGUGUGAUGUAGCUUGCCAAGGCGACUUCGCGGGCUGUCUUGCUGAGUUGAAAUGCAUCAUUUUGCAUUACCCUCAUCAAAUUCCUUUCCUGGACCGCCAUCCACAAUUUAUGGCAACUAAUUUGCAUCUUGAAAACGUCGUUGUAAUGAGUCUUUUUGGCAAUGAGUUCCCAGAAGAUGCAGUCAGGAGCUUAAUCGAGGGGGCAAGGAAAUUGAAGGUUCUCACUCUUCAAAAAGUUCAGUCAUUGCACAGGACACCAACCUUUUCCGGGUACUCAGUUUUAGAGGAGUUGACUAUCUCCGAUUGUCGUUGUCUGAAGGAAAUUGGUUGCUCUAUUGGGAAACUAAUGUGGCUGACUAACUUGAGUGUUGAGUCAUGUUCGGAACUUGGAAAAUUACCAGAACAAAUUGGUGAACAACAGAAUCUUCAGCACCUCUCCCUUAGGAAGUGUGGUAGCUUAAGGGAACUCCCCGACUCAGUUUCGUAUUUAAAGUCAUUGACAAAGCUGGAUAUGUCUUCCACGAGUAUUACAAGAUUACCGGAUUCCAUCGGUAAACUACAAAGCCUGUCAUUUCUCAAUGUAUCACGCACAAAAAUUGUGAAAUUGCCUAGGACGAUAAGCAAGCUCAAUCACCUGCAAACACUGAACCUAUAUGGUUGUCAUGAGAUCCAAGAGUUGCCGAAAUUCCCCAAAAGUUUGACCACUCUACGGCUUAGAUCUAUGUCAUUGCAGACUGUUCCUAACCUUGCCAACCUUACUAACCUUGUUGAACUGAUCCUAUCUGAUGCCUCUAAUUCUAGAAAGAGAUCAAAUAUAACUCAAACUUGUGACUUGUCGUGGAUUGAGAGUUUAUCCAAAUUGAGCAAACAGCACUUGUGCCUUUCAAAUGUCCAAGCGACAUCUACUGAGUGGAGUACCUUUUCUCUGCUGAAAGAACUUACUCUAUAUGGACUAAACUUGCAUACCAUCAAACAACUUCCGUCAAACUUGACAGUUUUAGAGCUCCAUCGCACUCAAGUGACGCAAGUACAUCUUGACGGGCUUCCUCAGUUAGAAGAGUUGACUGUCAGAAGUUGUGUACUCCUCAAGAGAUUAACCGUUCCAUCAAGUUUGAGAAAAGUGAGAGGAAUCGAAGUGUGUCGGUGCAAAGAGCUAGUUGAAGUUCAAUUUCUCGGUGUCUUAAAUUCACUGGAGAUAUUACAGGUUGAGGGAUGUGAAUAUCUCGAGAGGUUGGUUUGUCUGUCGGAAGAGCCAGAGUGUGAUGAGCCACAAGCUCUCGAGUUGACUGGUGGGAGGAGGAGAGUGUCCCUUGUCUCAAGCUCCCUAAAGAUGCUUAAACAAUUCCAGCUGCGGAGGUGCCGAGCGCUACGGGAGAUUCAAUUUGUUUCAACCUUGGAAUCACUAGAAGGUCUUUUCAUUCUAGAGUGCGUUUCGUUAAAAAAGUUACGCGGCUUGUCAAGCUUGAACAACUUGGAGCAUUUAAUAAUUGGACGGUGUAAGAACCUGCAGGAUGUCGAGGGCAUUGACGAGUUAGAGAUUUUGCAGUGGUUGGAAGUUUAUGGUUGCAGAUUACUGGAAAGGAUUAUCGAUACAUCGAGCUCAAAAAUACCAAAUGAGUGCCGAAUAGAAAUAAGGGAUUGUAGUAAGUUAGUCAUCACUGGUACAUAUGGUUCAAGCAUCACUUGCGAGUCUUACAGAGAGAAGAUUCUGCAUGGACCAAUACAAGCGUCGGACUCUAAAAUUGAUACAACUUUUUACAGCUGCGAAAUAGAAACAGGGGAUCCUCUACCGGACAAGAGUCUAGGCCCGAGAGACCGCAGCCCAUCUUGUCAUUUCCUUAUGCAGAAUCAGGAAAAUAAAGAGGAGAAGAGAGAGGGAAAAUUAGAGCCGGCAAAAGCAGGAGGGAAAAUUCCAAAAAGUCUUCUGAAGCGGUUCGCUCUCUCGAAAAAGUUCUCACCAACGUGUUUGUGUCGAAGAAGUCCGUGAAGUAAAGAAGCAAUUCCGCUCCCUGCUUACCAGCAGCUUAUAUCUUUGUCGACCAGCGAGCACUUGCGUCCCAGGUGCCGUUUUCCGUAGCAUGGCCAGGACAUUUUCGUCUCCAUUUUUCUGAGAUAGCCCAAUUGCAUGUGCCACUCCUCAUGUGCAACUGGGUUAAAAUUAAAUUGCCAAAAUUGGAAAAAAAAAAUGAAAGCUAGGUUGUUCGAGUCAGCACCAACAGAGCUAAAGGUUGUUUUCUUCCCUCGAUUGGAAAUGGAGGAUCGACAGUGUGGCGUGGAAGGAGGGCAGCGGUGCGAACCACUUGGAUCAAAGCUAACCCUGCGAGGCGAUCACAUGCAUGUCCAAAACCUGGGUAGGAACUCCUGAUUUUUAAAUGUUUGGGUUUUCAUGUUUAAAAUUUGGUGUCUAUGUUUGGGUGUGAACUCCUCGAGAGAUUAUCCAUUACAUCAUGUUUGAGUAAACUGAGCCAAGCGAGGUGUCUUCUU